GUGUCUGGAGAUAAUGGACGAAUAUUUCUAUACGCACGAGCCGCAUCCGGGGCCGCGCGGCGGCGGGAGCGGUCGCGCCUGGCCGCGCACCAUCGAUCGCGGCGUGUCGCCCGGUCCAGCCGCAGUGGCCCCGAGCGAUCGCGGGCAGAUUGGCUUCUUGAACGUCACCUUUGUCGCGCGCGACGACCCGCUGAGCGCCGCCCGUUUUGUCGAGGGUGCCGGCGCCGCCGACCAUGAUGACGAGCACCACAUCUUCCGGUCGCACGUCCGCGGGUUCGACCCGCACGAAGCUCGGCCGGCCACCCUCCAGCGGGCCGAGCGAGAUCUGGGCGGGUGGGCCAGGGCUCCGCCGGCUGCGGAGGUUGAGGAGCGUGACGACGACGGCACGCAGGUGGAGGUUUGGAGGCGGGGGGGGGCGCGGACGGGGGGCGGCGACGGAGGGGAGGCGCGGGGGCGAGGCAGCGGCGAAGACGGCACGGGCGAGGCUGGCGAGGCGGGCGAGCGUUGCACUUCCGCCUCGUGCCGCUUCGAGUGGGAGCUGUCGCGAGACCGGGGGGCGGCAGGCGACGCCGGGGGGGUGGCGCCGGCAGCGCGGGCAGAGGGGGGCCGUGGCGGUCGUCGCGGCCACGGCGGGCAUGGGGGGGGGCACCAACACCAACAUGACCACCGGAGGGAGAACCGACCUCGCGCCACCCCGCCAGAGGGCUUGCCAUACGGGGCCCUGCGCGGCGGACUCUCGGGCAGGCUGGGCCAGGUGAAGGCGGCCGCGCUGCAUCUCUCGACCGCCGAGGCGCUCGCGGCCUCGGCGCUCUUGCUGCUCGCCGGCCUCGUCGCGGUGUGUGGCCUCCGCGCGUGUGCGAGGUGUGCCCCUAUCCUCUGCUGCCUCUCCUCUGCUGCCUCUCCUCUCCUGCCUCGCCGCGGCUUCUCCCCUCUCCCCACCGCGGCCUCUCCCCUCUCCUCUGCUGCGUCGCGGUGCCCCUCCUCUGGCUCUGCGGAGAGAGAGAGAGAGAGAGAGAGAGAGAGAGAGAGAGAGAGAGAGAGAGAGAGAGAGGCGCACACCGUUGCUCACACCGUGUCUCGGCUGCAUUCUCGCGCCGCUCGCGUGCAUGUACACAGGCGCUGCUGCUCUGGUAAUGGCGACGAGAAAGAGUACCGCAAGGCAAGACGCUCUUCAUCCCUGUCCGGCUACCUCUCCACUGGCAGCGGAUGCGGUCUCCUGCUGGAGACCUCCACCGGCAGCCUGCAGGUCUCGCCGAUGCUUGCGUCUUCAGACCGCAAGUCGGCGCGCGAGCAUUGGAGGAGCGUGCGGGCGUCGCGGCAGAGCUUCUCCUCAGGCCGGCGCCCACCUCGCCUACCGGGUGGUCUCCCGGCGCCGGCCUCGCGGCGAGCUUGUUCGGGCGCAUGGACGUCGGCGCGCUCGCGGGCAGCGAGCGGGUGCUUGAGCAGGUGGCGCGUGAGAGCAGUUACGACGAGGACGUCGAGGGCGGCGGCGGUGCGUUCACAGGCCGGCGGGGCCGGCUGGACAGAUAUAAUCUCGAAAUGCGGCCGCCCGCACUCGCCCGGCGCGGGAGCCACACGGAGCUUCUGGGCAGCUACGAUUCGGCCGUUUCGGACGGGGAGGACGGGUAGACGAGAUAUACGUCGCUCCUCGCUACUGUGCGCGGGCCCCGCGCACAGGUCUAGUCACAGGCCCACAGCCGCGGGCACGGCGUGGCGGACGAACUCAAACAAUUCUGACUCCUCCACGCUCCGCGGUGAAAGCCGUAGGGUCCCUAGGAGGCUUUCCGCUUGUCCAAAUGACUUCAUCUUCAAAAGUAGCAGGCGCACAUCGCUAC